AUGGAUAAGACUAAUUAUUUUGGAAAAUGCACUUAGCAUAAGUCACAUGUUUUAAAUAUGCUUUAGCUGUCAAGCAAAUGUGAAAGCGCUCAAAUUUGUUUGAUGUGUGUUAAUUAAUACAAAAUUGAAGAAUCUGAAUUGAUCUCAAUUGAAGAAGUAAUCAGUUCUUCUACUCAAACCAUAUUAAAAAACUUCCCUCCAUUGAAAGAUUAAGUCAUGCAGGAAAAGCUAAAUAAAGUUUCAGAAGAAGUUAUGGCUUUAGAAAGUGCUCAAGAAAAUAUAAAGAUAAAUUUAUCUUAAUUUAGGUAAAGAGUUAACUAAAUGCUUUCUUUGAUAGAGGAAAAGACUUAUGCUUAGCUCAAUCAUUUAUAAGAUCUAAAAAAUAAUCUUGUAGAUGUUUACAACAAAAUAUCUUCUAAAAAUGAACUAAAAAAUUUACUAAUAAAUUCUAAUGAGGAAAACAGUAAAUUGAUUAAUCUACUCAUUGAAUAAAAGAAAAUCGAUGCAGAUAUAAAUAAAGUGGAAAUUAGAAAACAACUAUUAGAUUUCGAAGAAGCGUUUAAGUAAAUAGAUACAGAAACUCCUUAGAGAGUGUAAAAUACAAUAUAUUCUUUGAUGGAGUAAUACAAUUAUUUUUCUGUUUAAAAUCUAUAAAAAAAUAUGCAGUUGUUAUCAUAAAUAAAUGAAAACAACACUUCUCAUAUUAGAUGA